AUGGACAAUACAGAGCCAACCCCCGAGAAUCACCACCAAGAGCGAGUCCAAAAGUACAUAGACGACACUCUCGCAGGUCUCCUCAACGCUAUGUCCGAUGCCAAUGGAAGGCCCUCAGUCACACUGAGACGCAGAUCUGGAAACGUUGCCUUCCAUAUCAACCCCAACAGUGGUGCUCUGGAGACCACAGACACAGGCUCUCUUCUCACCUAUUCCUGGCCAGGAAAGGAUUGCUUCGAAGCGUGGAGAUUCACAAUCACCCUGCGUCUUCUAACGGCCAUUGCCGAUGCAUUCCACGCUGGUCUAGUGGUGUCAAAACGAGAUAUCUACUACAGCGACCCCGGCUGCUUCGGAUCCCAGAGAGUCGUCGACGUCCUAGUCGAUGACAUCGCCUACACCAUUGGCGUGAACCGGGCAUCGUUGAACGUGGAAGCAGCUGCAAAAGGACUCGUCGCGGGCCAAUACAAGCUGAUUCACCCAUCAGCUCAUCCCACGGAGACGCGCCAAUACUCUGAGAGCACUCUCGUACCACGGAUACAGGAGACGAUAGAGGUGGAUAUCUCCGACAUAGAAUGGAUCUUGGCUGUCUACCGUCGACUAGUAGGAAGCGGAUAUCACAACACAGCAGCAGCCGGAAAAGGCAUUCUCAUCACAGUAAGCAAGCAUAACCCCAUUCCAAUCCCUCAAGCUCUUCCCUCCCGGCCAUCCUCACAGGGCAAAGGAUACCCCGAUUACUCCACCAGAGCAUUCAUCCGGAAACUAUUCGACGCGCCCUCCCAAUCCCAACCCCACCGGCGUCCACAAUUCUUCGCCCUAGUCGACGGAGACCCUGACGGACUGGCCAUCCUAGCAACCUACAAGUACGGAUCGAUGGCAGCCGCGCACGAGAACCCACAGUUGAACGUCCGCGGUCUACGCUGUCUGGGCCUCCACGUGUCGGCCGUCGUUGCGGGAGCGGACCCCUGUGGGGAUGAUGCGCUCAUGCGUCUGACUGCCAGGGACAGGAAAAAGAUCGUUACUAUGCUGUGCAGGAAUCCGGUUUUCGCGGUGGACGGGCCUGAGUUGGGUUGGCGUGUGGAGUUACAACGCAUGCUUAUGCUCAAUGUGAAGGCCGAGAUUGAGAUCCUUUAUGAGCGGGAGGGGGGGUUGGAGGGGUGGAUUGAUCGGAGGAUGGAGGUGCUGUUGUGA